AUGCAAUGUGUAUAUGUUCUUUUUUUUUUUUUUGUCGUCUCCCCCUUUCGUCGUCUGGUCUGGUCAGCGUCUAACGUUCCUCCCCCUCCCUCUCCUUUUUUUUUUCGUCCGGUUGGUUGCUGCUUAUAUAAACCUCGUCCACCGGCCUCGCGCCGUCUUUCAUCUCACGCCCGUCUGCCUCAUCUAUUAGACUGCCCACUUUCCUUACCCCCCUCUUGCUCUUCCCCCCCCCCUUCGCCGUGCAUGUGUUGCUCGGUGCUGCUGCUUCUGCGUAUCAUGCGUACACGUACACAUACACGGCUCUCUCCGGCAAAAGUCACGAGAAGCCUGUAUGAAUCGACUGAUUGGUGCUUUUUUGUCUUGGUCGCUGUUAAUAGCUGGGUAUAA